AUGACGUCGCACCACCAUCGCUCUGGGCCGCUCAAGCAGAAGAACAAGAAGCACAAGACAGGGCGGCAUGAGUCCAAGACGCUGCUGGCGCGGCGUUUAGGUGGCAAGGUCGAAGGCCGCCGCGUCAGUGUACGCAGUACAGGCUCAAGUAUCGGCAGUAUGAGCCUCGCCGGCCAGAAAGCUGUACGUCUCCAGCGCCAGAAGCAGCUGCGAGGCAACAAACGGGACGAGAUCCUCUUGCAGCGUCGAUUUGGCCUCGGUGGAGCUCUUGGACCGCCCAAGAUUGUAGCUCUCGUAGGGCUCAGUGACCAGGCAGAGCUGGCUCAAGUGCAGCAGAGUAUCUUGGACGGAGCUUCUGCUGUUGAAGAACCAUCGACUGACGACGUGGUGGCGCUCCAGAACUGUGCGACGGGCGUGUUCCUGCAGCACAAGCAGAAGAUCAGCGUCGUGGCUUGUGGCUGCAACUUGCUGGUGGCCUUAGAUGCAGCUAAAGUGGCCGAUGUGGUCGUGUUCGUGUUGUCUGUGCAGGACGGAGUGGAAGGAGGUUUGAGUACAGAAGGCGUGCAGAUUGUGUCGGCGAUCCGUGCACAAGGUCUGCCUUCAACGGUGGGAGUGAUUCAAGGACUCGAGAAGCACACGGUGAAGGGCCAAGCUGAGCUCAAGAAGCUCGGGCACAAGUUUUUUGCGGCCGAGUUUGGCGAGAGCGUUAAAGUCGCGAUGGCCAGUGUGCCUGGUCAGCUGUCGCGACUGCUGUUUACACUCUCGCCAAAGGUGAUUCAUUGGCGUGAAGCACGGUCGUACAUGUUGGCUACGACGGCGACGUUUGUACCGGGGACGGACGUGCAGAAUCAGCAGGGGGAGCAGGUCAGCGACUUGCAGGUGAAUGGAUACUUGCGAGGCAAGCCAUUGUCAGUGAAUCAGCUGAUUCAUAUUACGGACGUGGGGACGUUCCAGUUGAGUCGGAUUACCCGCGCAGUAGCGCGUCAAGUGCAGCAGGGAAAAGUAGAUGUGGAGAUGAGCUCGCAGCGCCCCUCGACGACGGUUGACGCUGUAGCAGAAGAGGAAGAGUUGGUUCUUGCAACGGCUGACCCUGCACUGCAAGAAGACUUGCGGUUUGAAGCAGAGUACGACCCAUUUGCUGCAGAACAGACGUGGCCGACAAAUGAAGAAUUGGCUGAAGCGGAAGCGGAGGCAAAGAAGCAGCGUCGGGCGGAUACGGCAGCUAGCAAGGGUGCUUCAGGGUACCAGGCUGCGUGGCUUGACGGCGAAGAUGAUGUGGAUGUGGACGAUGCAAUAAAGGAUAUUGAUGAAGAUGAAGAAGAAGAAGACUCGGCAGUUAACCAGGACUUUUGCAAGACUGGUGAAGAUGAGGAUGAUGAGGAUGAUGAUAUGUUCAUGGCGGACGAUGACUGUGCUGACCCGCUUCAGAAGCGCAUAGAUGAAGAGGAAAACAUGACGUUCCCAGAUGAAGUCGAUUGCCCCAUCGACCAACCUGCUCGCGUUCGGUUUGCUCGCUACCGUGGCAUGAAGUCCUUGCGUACAAGUGUGUGGGAUCCGAAGGAAUCGCUUCCAAUGGACUAUGCUCGGCUGUUCCAGUUUGAAGACUUUGCAAUGGUCCAACGCCUCGCUCUCGCACGAGGCAAAGACGCUGAGCGAGCAAUGAAAGAUCAGCUACGCCGCAAAGUCAAGACCCAGCAGACCCGUUCACGGGCUUCGUCCAUGGCGAUGGAGGAUGUCGAAGAGGACGCAUCCUCUGUUGCAUCAUCUUCUCUAGCUAGUGGACUGCUCCCGGAAGAGUUUGGCAGCAUGGGCUAUGUGCCGUCCGGUGUGCUCGUAACCUUGCACCUCAAAUGCGUGCCCGUGACCAAGUUCCAGGCACGUAUCCAAGCUGGUCCUCUCGUCAUGGGUGCGCUUUUGAAGCACGAAAACCGCUUGAGUGUGCUUAACUUUUCCAUCCACCGGGCUGCGUCGUUUGGAGAUGCGACUUUGAAGUCGAAAGACGAGCUGUCGUUCCACUGCGGCUUCCGGCGGUUCUCGGGGAAGGCCAUUUUCAGUGACCAGAGUCUCAAAAGUGAUCAGCACCUUUUCCAGCGCUUCCUGCCGCAAAGUGGGUGGAGUGUAGCAACUGUGUAUGGUCCAGUGACGUUCCAGCCUGCUUCGCUGCUGCUUUUCAAGCCUGAUGGACAGUUCGUGGCUUCAGGGACGCUCAAGAACGUGAACCCGGAUCGCAUUGUGCUCAAGCGGGUUAUUAUCACGGGGACACCCGUGAAGGUGAAGAAGUGCAAGGCGGUCGUGCGGUACAUGUUCCACUCACCCGAAGAUAUCCGAUGGUUCAAACCUGUUGAGCUUGCAACGAAACACGGCUUGACCGGUCAUAUUAAGGAAUCGCUGGGUACACACGGGGACCUCAAGGCCGUGUUCAACAAACCCAUCAAGCAGCACGACACGGUGUGUCUCCACCUAUAUAAGCGCGUCUACCCCAAGUUUCCAACAAGGAACCCUCUGCUGAAGUAA